AAACUUUCUAUUAUCUCCCAUAAUCCAAUUUCACACCUUUCUUGUUUGGGGGCUCAAUUCAAUUAGGGGGCUCUUCUUUCUUCUCUAAUCCAAUCUCUCUAUUCAUUGUUUCAGAUUUUUUUUUUUUUUUUUUUUUUUUUUGGGAGGGAGAGCUGGGAUUGGAUAUUUAAGCCCCAUUUCCCACUCUCCCAUUCGAAGAUCUCCACACCACUCUCUCAAAGGUUGAGUCUUUCUCUUUCUCUCACUCUCAUUGAUCCUGGCGACCAAAACCCAAUUUAGGACCGCGAGAUCUCCAUAAUUCCAAUCAAUUUCAUUUCUUUUUUGCUGUGAGGAAUAAAGUCUAUGGAUCCUGCUCACAAAUUCUCCUUGCUGUUGUUCUUUGUUGGAUUGGUUUGUGUAUUAGCAAGUGCCUCUUCUCUUAAGGAUGAUUUCGGGCAUUGUGAAAGAGUUGUUCAGAAAUGGGCUUCUUCUUCUCUUGAAGAAGAAGUUGAAGAAGACAAACACACAUUAAAGGAUUUGCUGUUCUUCCUGCACAUCCCCAGAACAGGAGGACGGACAUAUUUUCACUGUUUUUUGAGAAAGUUGUAUCCUAACUCUUUGGAAUGCCCCCGAUCUUAUGAUAAGCUGCGAUUUGAUCCAAGAAAGCGCAAAUGUAGGUUGCUGGUUACUCAUGAUGACUACAGCAUGAUAUCUAAACUUCCAAAGCAGAGCACGUCGGUAGUGACAAUACUCAGGGAUCCAGUUGACCGUGUCUUUAGUACUUACGAAUUUUCAAUAGAAGUAGCAGCUAGGUUCUUGGUGCAUCCUAAUUUAACUUCUGCAACACAAAUGGCUAAACGAUUGCGUGCUAAAACAACUGGUGUAAGCACACUGGAUAUCUGGCCCUGGAAAUAUCUGGUUCCGUGGAUGAGGGAAGACCUUUUUGCUCGUAGAGAUACUAGGAAGCAUAAGGGCUUAAACAACAUCAUGAGCAGUGAUCCAUAUGACAUGUCGCGAAUCGCUAUGCCAUUGCAAGAGUACAUUCAUGAUCCUAUUGCUCAUGACAUAGUUCACAAUGGAGCAACAUUUCAGGUUGCAGGUUUGACAAACAACUCCUAUACUCCGGAAUCACAUUUUGUCCGCCAUUGCGUGCAAAAGUACAAGGUUCUCGGUCAUCAUGUGCUUCAAGUAGCAAAGAGAAGAUUAGAUGAUAUGUUGUACGUUGGUCUUACUGAAGAACACAGAGAAUCUGCAACCAUGUUUGCAAAUGUAGUCGGUUCGCAAGUGAUUUCCCAGCUCAGAGCGUCAAACCCAAAAUCAAAAAUAACUGCUGACAAGAAAUCAGAAAGGAGCUCUUUGACUUCGGAUUCCAAGCCCGAUAAUGAUAAUAUUGAUCAGAACAGCACUUCAAAUCAAAAUAGAAGUGAAAUUGGUUCACCUGAAAAUGAUGAAGCUGUAAAUGAAAAUAUGACUGUGGGAGAACUCAUGGAUUCUUAUGAGGUGUGCAUAUCUAGUUUACGCAAAUCCCAAACACAACGACGCACUUCUUCUUUGAAGAGAAUCUCACCAGCAAACUUCACCAAAGAGGCGCGCCAACACAUCUCUGAUGAGGUCCUUCGACAGAUAAGAUCACUUAACCACCUUGAUAUGGAACUCUACAAAUAUGCCCAAGGCCUUUUCGCAAAGCAGCACAAACGCACAAUGCAGAAUUUUGUUGGAAUAGAGGGAUUAGAAACCUUGUUCAUCAAUUCAUAUGACAUCUCGGGUUGGAAGCUCCUUUCGAUAGGCACAGUUGUUGUCUCACUUCUUAUCAUCUUUAUACUUGUAAAUGCUCGACGAAGAACGUUGAAACUCAAGAUAUGAUUAAUCGUGAAUUGUAAUUACUAUUUACCUUUUUUCAAAAGAAAAAUUAGGAAACAGAUGAAAGAAAAAGUACCCCCCACACAUUUUUGUAUCCCAUGCAUAGUUUAUAUGACUAUGGAUUUUUGGUGGUCAACUCUCAUCUUGUGUCUUGUCUCUCUUGCUCUUAAAGUUAAAAAAGCUCAAUUUCAAUUUA